UCCGCAGCGGAAGACCCAUUCGCACCAGUUUUUAUACCCACACUCCUCUGCCAUCCCCACCUUUCUCUCUCUCUCUCGCCCCCCCCUUCGCUUCCCUCUCCUCCGCUCGCUCGCCGCUUCUCUCCCCACCCCCACACACAGAGCCAGAGCCCUAGCCCAGUUCAGCGCGAGGCGCGCCGUCGGUUGCGCUGCGGACGCUCCUUGUAGAUUUUCAAGAUCCGCAACCGGUGCCGGGCUAUCCGGAUCGCCGGCGACGGUGGACCUGCGGAGGAGAACCUGAUCGGGGCUAGCUUCUCGCGUCACUCGAGGUUGGAUGAGCUUAUUAAGUUUUGUUGAUUCACGAAUUUUCUUCACAUGAAUGAGUUCUCAGCAAGUUAAUUUUGGAUGAUCAAAACUGUCAUUGGUUUCUUUUGCUCAGUCAAUAUGGGAGCUAAUUGCUGUAUAGCUGCAAAGCAAAGGCCUGAGCCAUGUGCAACUCCAGUUGAAGUGUCAUCUUAUAGGAAUAUAAGACAAUCCCCAUCAUGGAGCUUCCGUUGGGACAACAGAACACACAUAGAAGACAUAAUGGAGAUCCCCACAAAUUUUUCCAACCAUAGUAGUGGAAGCAUUCGCCCUGAAACGAAGAGUGGAUCCAUUGCACCAACUGAAGGCUUUUCUAAUGGAGGUAGCCCUUCUGAUCUGUUCCACAAGGUCAAGUGGCACAAAUCUGAAAAGAAGAUGGGAACAUCUAAAAUUGCACAAUUUGAUCCUCGAGAUAGAUCCACUGCAAGCAACUCUUCCCCCGAGGCAAAGCUUUGCAGGAAAUCACUAGACAUGGUUAGCGUUGCUUCAGAUACAAAGACAUCAAUGUCCGUUCCUUCAACACCACCUAUAGUAUCCAGAGCAGAUCCCUCAUCCUCUACGGGCCAUUCUCUACCAAUGGAUCCGGAUUCAAUGAGAAAAGCACGUCGAUCACCAGGGUAUCAACUAUAUAGACAGGUCUCAGACAGCAAGAUUCCAUCUCUUAGGUCUCUCAAUGAGAGCAGCUCUCCUGAAGGAAGGCCUUCCUCCUCCAUGCUCUCAGUCUGCAGCAAUGAUUUAUCUGCAGCAGGGUCGCAUGGUGAGUCCUCUGAUGGUUGGUCAAUGAGAACAUUUUCUGAAAUGGUUGCAUCAUCUCGAAGGGAGAGAUGGUCAGUGGAUAGUGAGCUCUUAGGUUCUGCUUCCAGUAAAAUGACAAGAUCAAGUGCUUCAAAUCCUACUACCCUCCCCCCUGACCAAGAGGUGUGCAAGCUAUGUUUAAAGCUACUAAAGGAAAGGACUGCGUGGAAUGCUCAGGAUCUGGGUGUUGUCGCUGUUUUAUUGUGCGGGCAUGUUUACCAUGCUAAGUGCUUGGAUAGAGUAACUGCAGAAGCUGAGAAAUAUGAUCCUCCUUGCCCUGUAUGCACCCAUGGUGAGCAACAUACUGUGAAGCUAUUUGGGAAGCUGGAAUCUAAGAUAAAGAACAAGAUGCCUCAGAAUGUGAUAGUUGAUGGUGAUCAAGAAGGAAGCUCUAAGCUCCUGCAGAAAAGUAGGAGAGAACCCAAAUUAGGCGCAAGUAGUAGCAUGAAGGGCCCGUUCAGUCGGCCAUUUUUGAAGAGGCAUUUCUCGAUUGGCUCUCGACCUCCCCGGCUAGUUUCAGAGAGUGAGUCAACUGGAAAGAAGGGCUUCUGGGCGAGGCACUGGAGAGAAUAGCAUAGCAUUCAGUCACCAAAGAUGUGUGCAGCCUUGCAUGUUUUGUUCUAUUUCAAUUAGGAUAGCAGUGCAUUGCGUGUGAUGAGUACAGAUUGGAGAACAUAGUUAUCUGGUCCAUGUUUUGUUUCUAGAAAUGCUCCUGAAAAGGAGGUGAACUCCCAAGCAAGCUAGCAAGCAAAGCAUCUGGACAUUGUAGUCAAAUGAAACUGAUGCAAAGAAUAUUUGCUCCUGAGCAACCGUCAUACCGAAAGUUUCUCCCCAGUCGUUAUGUUCAGAGGCAAGCAACAGUUUCAGGAUAGUUGAUUGACAGUUUCUAUACUAUGCAACUGAGGGUUCUUGCAAACCCCGUCGCAGCUUAUUAGCAAGUAAUCUAACAGAGAAAAGGGGGUGGCCUUCAGGCUGAAGGCCCAACUCUGGGUUGAAGCUUGCAAGGGUAUAAUAGGGCAUGGUAGAUUCUAUUUCCAUUUAUUUGUUAUGUUGGUUAUGCGCAUCCUGUUUAAAUGGUUUGAUUGCAUGCAUAAUUUGGAACUGUUGUACAUAGCUGAAAACUGGAGAUGCUAAUUAUUUAUCACAUUGCAUCGCAGAAGGUAUCAAUGGUUAUGUAGCAAUUGUCAUAUUUACAGAAAUAUUU